AUGACAUGCUUCUAUUGUUGCAGGUACAUCCACAGCAAGGAGAAGCCCUUCAAAUGCGGCGAGUGUGGCAAGGGUUUCUGCCAAUCGCGAACCCUGGCAGUUCACAAAAUCCUCCACAUGGAAGAGUCUCCUCACAAAUGCCCGGUGUGUAGCAGAUCCUUCAACCAACGUUCCAAUCUGAAGACGCAUCUUCUGACCCAUACCGAUCACAAGCCGUACGAAUGUAACUCUUGCGGAAAGGUGUUCAGAAGGAAUUCCAAUCUCAAGACGCAUCUUCUGACCCAUACCGAUCACAAGCCGUACGAAUGUAACUCUUGCGGAAAGGUGUUCAGAAGGAACUGCGACCUGCGUCGACAUGCACUCACACACGCUGUCGGUGAUGUGCCAGCUGACGGGCUGGGAGACGGGUACGUUCCCAGGGAAGAUCUGGAUCAGGAGAGAGGCUCUCCGAGACCUAGGAGUCCGUCCGUGGAGUCUAGAGAUGAGAGGGAUGCUAGAGGUUGUUCUCCAGUACCUGCAGUGACUCAGUGCCAUGAACCAUGCUCUUCUUCCAGUCCUUAUACCAUGAGACCUUCGUUAGAUCGCAGAGACUUUAGUCACGAUAUAGACGAUGAUGAAGAUGACUUGGAUGAAGAUCCGGAAAUAGACCCUGGUCAAGAAGACUGUGCGGAGAUCAUAAAAGAUAGCGAAGAGUCCUUGCCGGAGUCUCAGCCGAUACAUAUGCCACAACUGCACAUCAGAAGAGAUCUGCAUUCGAAACCGUCGACUAUAACCUGCGACAACCAAGAGCCAAACUUUCUAGGAUCCUUCAGAAAACGAGCCUUGGACCAAGAUCGUCCAACUCCUUCAUACUCUCGGUCACACACUCCACCAAUGAAUCUAAGAAUGUACCACCCUUCAGACGUUGGUCCUCAAAACCUCUCCAUGUCUUCUUCAAGUGUUCACAAACCACCUGAUGCUCCACCAUCGAUGAUAUUUGGACCAGCCAUACCAGGAUCUUUGAAAGGCUUGCAAAUACAGCCUGGGCCUAGCUGUAGCAACGUCGCUAGCGACUUGAGUAUGAAGAAAAAUAACGAGGAAGCACCUAAACCACCGCCUCAGCCUCCUAGACCUCCAAAGAAGACUGGAUUCACUAUAGCUGAUAUAAUGGGGAGAUAG